AUGGGGUUCAACAGGGUGGGCAUCAUACUGCUGUUGAGUGGGCUUGCAUUGGCCCAACAAGGCAGUGACAGUGAACCCAGUGCAGCAUGUCAAUUGGUCUCCAGAUUCAAAACCUAUAGGAAGUAUUUAUACCAGUACAGCACUGAGAGCAGAAAUGGUGUCGUGGGCACUGCCAACUUAAGAAAUGGACCCAAAGUUACAUGUAAGGUAGAGAUUGAAGUCCCCCAGGCGUGCAGUUUCGUCAUGCACACCACAGACUGUACAUUGAGUGAAGUUUCAGUCAUGGACCCACAAGGGGUGCCGGUCUACUCCCCCGCACCCGGAUCUGAUGCUUUCAAGGCAGCUAUGGAAAAGAAUCCUCUGAAAUUCACAGUGGAGAACGCUCAGGACAUGGAAGUGUUCUCUGCAGACAAUGAACCGGUGAAUAUCCUCAACAUCAAAAGAGGAAUCGUGUCCGCACUCCUGUCCCCGAGCACAGAGGAAAGCACCAGUGUCAUGAGCACAGUUCAUGGUCAGUGCCGCACAGCUCAUCAGGUGAAUGGAGCAGACGUCAGCGUGACUCGAGACCUCUCCCAGUGUAACCAAUUCUACGGAAGGAAACUCACAGACAGCCCUUUGGCCCUUCUAAAGAAUCUGCACUACCCCUUGUCUAAACUCAUCACCAGCAGCCAAGAAUGCAACUACCAAUUUGACAACAAGGGGAAACACAUCACGUCUGUCCAGUGCACUGAAAAACAUGUGUAUCUCCCAUUCUCACACCAGGACAAUGGCAUGUCAUCUGUGAUUACACAAGAGCUGACCUUUCAAAAUUCAAAACGGAUCAACAACCGAAUCUUUGACUUGACCAGCACACAGGGCCAGCCGCUGUACUUUGCCGACCCUGAUGACAAAUCUGCCAUCCAAACUAAGGAAACUGCAGUGAAUAUUUUGAAUGAACUUUUGGCUCUGUCUGGUAAUGAACAAAACCAAAAGAGACCCAGUCUUUUCUACAAUCUCGUCUCCACCAUGAGAGCCCUCCGAAAUGAGACUUUGAGUGAAACUGUUACCGAAAUGCUGGAUAUUUCUACUUGGGUCACAUGGCAGGCCUUAUUCCAAUGUGGGACGGCUGAAUGUACCAGCGCUAUGCUCCAGUCCAUAUGGAAAAUCCAUGGGGUUUCUGCUGAAGUCGAUGCUUUUGUUUACGCUCUGGGUUUGAAGACAGACCCUACUUCAACUCAACUACGAGACAUGCUCAGUAUGGCACAAUACAGACAGAGCAAAGGGAUCAUGUAUGCACUGGGAUAUAGUGUGAAGAAUUUUUAUCGAGGAGACGUUACUCCAGAGAUCAGAGAUGUGGCCGUUUUCAUGGAGGAAAUGUUGAACGAGUGCUCGGGCGAACUGGGACCAGACAUGGAUCCUGAUAUAAUACGCAACCCACAAGAGCUCUCCUACCUCGUACUGAGGGUGAUUGGAGUGAUGGGUCAGCCUAUGCAGGAUCACAGUCCCAGUCUGGUCUCUGCUGUUCUCAGCUGUGCAACAAAAGCAAACGCUCCUUUAUCUACUCAGAAAGCAGCAAUACAGGCGUUUAGGAACAUCAACAUCAACGACAAGGUGAGGAGUGCUCUUUUGGACAUAUACCAGGAUGCCCAGAGCCCAGUGGAGAAGCGGGUGGCAGCUUACCGAAUUCUGAUCAAAAACAUGGACGAAGCCACAGCCAGAACCAUUGUGAACUCUGUGGAGGAUCUGACAGACAAAGAGCUCAAGACAUUUGUGGUUACUCACCUCAAAAAUGUCCUCAAUAAUGAUCUACAUGCGACUUACUACAUAGAGCUGGCUGUGCUAGACAAAGAACUGCCUCCACUGGAAAAAGUAUCUGGAAAAUCCCGAAACUUUAUGACAGAAGUCUAUGGAGCGUCAUUCAAAUCUGACAUUGUUUUUGAUGACACCAACACAUUACCAAAAGACAUCUCAAUGGACCUGUCCUACGAUAAGGACUACAUGAAUAAUAAACUUCUUAAGUUACAUUUUGAAGGCGAUAGGUUCGAGCCUUCAAUCAAAUCUCUGUUUGGGGAAAAUGGUUUUGUUCCCGAGUUGUUUUUCAAACUCACAAACUGGGGCCAGGACCAGGCUCAGAUGCUCAGAGACCUUAUCUCUGGACUCACAUCUGAAGACGGACGAAAAAAGAGACAGGUCCCAGACGAUCUUGUGAAGAGCAUAAUUUAUGGUUUCCACAAGCUGAUGGAGGACUUGCACUCUUCAGAGGUUCCGGAGGCUGUGGCGUAUUUCGAGCUCCUUGGGACAGAGAUGGGAUACAUGAAAAUCAACCAAAUCAGAGACGUUCUAGAGACAAUGCUCAUGUACCAGCAUAUCUUCAUCCAAGUGCUCCCCACCAGCGUCCUCUUUAGGUUAAUGUCCAGCCUUGAUAAUGAGGUUUUCGCUCACUACAUCUUUAUGGAGAAUGGUUUUUCCCUGCCCACUCUCUCUGGGAUGCCUCUCAAGUUUUCCCUCUCUGGAGUCCUUGCUCCCGGAGCCAAAGGAGGACUUACCAACACCCCAUAUGGAUCUCUGUCCUUCAUGCCUUCAGUUGGGGUGGAGUUCAUCACAAACAUGGGCGUGCAUAUUCCAGAUUACGUGGAGGCGGGACUCGAGAUGCACACAAAUAUGUUCCACAAAAGCUCCAUCAACAGCAAAAUCACCUGGGACAGAAACCAAAUCAAACUCACUCUCCCUGCACCCACAGCAAACAUGCAGCUGUUCAGUGUUAGUAACAAAGUGCUGUCCAUCUCGGCGGGUCAGACUAAGAUAGUGCCCUCUCUGGUAGAGGAUAGAACUGACUCCACAGACUGUCAGCCGCUCAUCACUGGACUCAGACUCUGCUGCAUCACACGAUACUCCAACGGCACCUCCACAGAGCACGCUCCAUACUACCCACUAACUGGGGAGAGCCGAUUUGCGAUUGAAAUUGAACCCACAGGAGAAGUUUCUGAAUACGUCGCUUCUUUGACUCGUGAAAUGCUUAGAGAAGGCAAAGACAGAGUGACAGCUCUCAAACUCUCACUCAGAGCUGAAGGUGUGGAUUCAGCAGAGCUCACAACUUCUCUCAAAUACAACCUGAACAAAAACAUAGUGCUGACAGAGUUUAACAUCCCAGACUACGAUAUCGAGGCCGGGAUCAAGUUUGCUCUGGACAGUGACCCAACAGCACCAGGACUGAGAGGCAUCACCAUCGAUGUAACUAAUAAAAACAUCCCCCAGCUCUCUCUCACAGCACGCACUCGACUUAAGAUGAUGAAGGAGGCCAUGCUGCAGCUCCAGAUGACCCUUCCCUCUUUGAACGCUGACGCUGCGAUAACAUCAACUUUAAAACAUGAUGACAUCAUCACUGUCACCAUAGAAACAGCUGUAAAACUCCCAGAGACGCUGUACGAACACAAAGUGUCACUCAAAUAUACAAAAUUGCAGCUUGAACUGAAAACUGAUGCAAGUUCGGAUAUCCAGAAGCUGAUCCCGAAUGCAGAGGAUCACCAUCGGCAGCUGCAGCAGCUGCUGGACGAUAUGUUGAACCAAAGAGUGGCCAAAACAGACAUGAAACUACGGCACAUUGUCACGAAAGGAAUAGAGGCAGUUAACAUCUGGAUGGACAAACUCACAGCACAGUUCCCAUAUCUGGAAAAGCUUCGGCGCAAAAGGAGCGUCUCAGUCACCCUGCCUCCUUUACCGGAGAAACUGUUCUUCCAAUAUGAUGGCUUGUUUCGAUACCAGUUCAACAAAGACAGACUGCUCCUUUCUCUCCCUCUACCACUCGGGGAAACAUCACAAGAGUUGGACUUCCCUGAACAACUGACCUAUCCUGCCAUCAAUCUACCAAAAAUAGGCCUUCAUCUGCCCCCUCUGAUUGUAAAAUUACCCCCGUUCACCGUACCACCAUCUUGGCAUUUCUCACUCCCUCUCCUCGGACUGGCUGAAGCAUCGGCAAAGAUCAACAGUAACAUUUACAGUUGGGAAGGAUCGAUUUCCGGGGGCAACAACACAGUGGAUGUCCCCAGUUACAUGGCGCAUUACAAAAUCAUGGCACAGUCUCCAUUCUGCGUGUUGUCAUACAAACUUGAAGGCACUGGUAUGGUGACUGGAAGUGAAGACGACAGCAUGAAAUACCUCCUAACCAACACAUUCAAUCACUGCCUCAUCGACACAAGCCUCAGUGUUGUUGAAACUUUUCAUGUUACCGACAAAAUCAACACAAAAGCCAAUUACAAAGCGGAAAUCUCUAGUCCCUUAGGCUUCGAGACCACUUGGUUCUACACCGCCCAGGCAACUUCCACACACGAACAUGAGGAAGUCUCUGGAGAUGGGACAGUAGAUGGAAAACUCAAACUAGGAUCCUAUAAUUCCGAUAUAACUUACACACAAAGCUACAGUCUCCGCCCACAUGACAGAGAAGGAAGGGGAGAGUCAAGUUUGGUUUUCAGUUGCCCCCUAGGCAAACUUCACAACAUAAUUCAAGGAGUAUACGCAAAUUCAGAACUUAAUAUCAUCUCCAAAACAAAUGCUUUUGACGAUGCCUUAAAACAAAUAGCAGAAUUGAAAUUUAAAGAUUCACAGUUGAUACUUAAAUGUAAUGGGAUGGCAGCAGGAAUGGGCAAAGCUCUCACCAACAAAAUGGAAGUUGGCGUAUCUGACCAAAUGGCACUUUUUAGGAUUGAAUCCCAAAUUGAUGACACAAAAAAUCUGAUAUAUUCACUCCUAACAGGGUCUUUAGAUGCAAAUGGGUUGGACGUAAAGUCCGAAGGCUCCCUUAUGUUUGAAAUGGGGCGUGGAUUACACAAAGCUUCUUUGGCAAUAAAUAGAAAUGGCUUAGUAACAAGUGGUACUAAUGCAAUUGAAUGUAGUCCUGUGAUGAUUGAGAAUAUCUUUAAUGGUGUUAUAGACAGCAGUGGUGCAACAAUGUCAACCAAAAUGAGGGCAGUGGGAGAAGAAGGCAGAGGAGAGCUUAAUAUUGACGGGCAAGUAUCGUCUUCUGAAGCUACUCUACAAGGCGUUCUUAAGGGCCAUGCAUUUGAUGGGACCACCAGAAACAACUUGAAUAUAUUAGUGAACCGAAAUGGCUUGACUUUUAAUGCAGAUAUAAUGGGAUCAAUGAAACAAAUGAAAACGGAAAAUAGCCACCAACUAACAGUCACAUUAUGGACAGUUAACCUGCGUUCAAAAUCUGACAACUUUGUUUGUGAAGAUAUUUACUACAAGCAAGAUACCAAGGUUAAUGUACAGCCUUUUGUUAGCUCCAUUGUUAUGAAAAAUGAUUUGAAAUUAUAUGAACUAAGUUUGAGCAAUGAAGGACGUAUGAAGCUUCGACCAACUAACUUACAUCUUAGCGGAAAUGUUUUGGGAGCUUUUGGUGAAGAUAACAACUUAAAACAUAUUUAUGAAGUUAAUAUUGCUGGUCUAGAAGGUGCUUUGAAAUACACUGCAUCUGCACAAGCACUGGAUGCUCAGCUGAGCCAUAACUGCGAGUUUGAAUUUGCGGGAUUUUCUUCAAUGACAAAAUGUGAUGCAAGAGUGAAUUCGCAACCACUUCGCCUAGACAGCACCUUAAAAGUUAUGGCUUUACCAUUCAGUCUUUCUAUUGAUGGACUUGUCAAUAGUGAUGGUGAAAUUAAACUAUAUGGGAAGCAUACUGGACAGUUGUACAGUAGAUUUCUAUUCAAGGGUGAGCCGCUAUCCUUAGCCUAUACACAUGACCAUAGAAUUUCAACCAAUCAUAAGCCUAGAAGAAUAGAAGAGAUCACAACCAAUUUGGACAGCAAGUUGGAAGGACUAUGGACACCAAAUAACCAACUUCUUAACUGGAAACUGAAAUCAACACUUAACAAUCACGCAUAUGAUCUAGAUUUUAGUACUUACAAUAAUCCAGAGAAGAUGGGAGCAGAGUUUGCUGGAGUUGUGCUCACAAACCUUUUGAAUAAGCUAACCAAAGAUAGUCCAGUUGAGGAGGAAUUUGGCAUGUCUGGGUUUCUUAAAUAUGAUAAGAAUACAGAAUGCCAUAUAAUUGAGCUGCCAUUCAUUGAAAGCUUUCCGGCUGCUUUCGAACAAGUCAAAACAACACUUGUUCAAGCCCUAGAAUCACUUUACAAAUACAUUGACGAUCUAGAUAUUAAUUUGGUCUUAUCGGAUUUCAAAAACUGGCUGUCUGAGUUGCCAAAGAAGGUGGGCGAUUUUAUGGAAGAAUAUGAUCUAGGAAAGUAUAUAGCUGUUGUAAAUGAUAAAAUCGACUACUUGAUGAAAGAGUAUUCAGUCACUUUGGAGGAUUUGGAGAAAGCAGUGAUGAACUUCAAAAUAAACCUAGAGGAAACCAUAACGGACAUUGCCACAAAAAUAAAAGAAUUACUUGUCAUGGCAAAAGAUUUUGUUGAAUCCGGAGAAUUUAAGGACAAGAUUACAAAUGUACUUAAAGAGAUUGGAGACCAUCUAUGGGCUUUCAAUGAGAAAUAUGAAAUUAAACUGUCUUUGGUGAAGCUACUUGUUGCUAUGGAAGAUAUAUUGAGUCAAAUCGAUUUGCAAAAACUCACUGAAAGCAGCACUGCAUGGCUAAAGAAUCUGGAUGCGCAAUAUGGCGUAAUUGACAAAAUCAAAGGCCACCUAUCUGAAAUCAAGCAAGCCAUUGAAGACUUUGAUACCCAGAAGUUUUUCGAAGAUUUGAAAGAUUACAUCCUAUCAAUUCACUUGGCAGCAUAUAUAGACCAGCUUCAAUACACGAUACCUUAUUCAGAUAUUAAACGCACUUUGGAACAUAUGUACGAUGUUAUUGCCAACUGGAUCGAUGAAUAUGAAAUCCCACAGAAACUCAAUACUGUUUUCAAUUAUAUAAAAGACCAGAUCCUGAAGUACAGUCUUGAUGAGAAGUUUAAAGAAGUACUGAAUCAGGUAGAUGUUCUCAUUGACGACUUGAAAAUUGAAGAAACGCUGCAGACAGUUGUUGAUGCAAUCAAAAAAAUCAAUUUUGAAUAUGAAUUCAGCAAAAUAAUGAACUUUUUGGAGCACAUCACAAAUGCCAUUAAAGACACUGACUUCAGGAAACUUAUAGAAAGUCUUAAUGAUAACAUCGCUAAUUUGAUCGAGUCCAUGAAGGAGUUUGACUAUCAUAUGUUUGUAGAUGAGACUAAUAAGAAAAUGGCAGAGCUUGCCAAUUACAUAAAUGAACAAAUUAAACUCUACAAAAUUGUUGAGAAAAUUGAAGCAGUGAGGGAGUUUCUGAAAGAGGUCCAGAAUUCAGUCUACACCUAUUUGGAUGAACUGAAAAAUACCAAAGUGGCUGAUGCGCUUGUCAGAUUGAAAGAUGUAAUAGACUCAACGUUUUACAAUGAUGUUAAAUUAAAAGCCCUAGAUGUUCUUGAUGAUAUAAGAGACCGGAUUUCAGAUAUGGAUGUCAUUACCGAAAUAAUGGUCUAUCUCCAAAGAGCAAGUGAAUUCUACAAAAAUACUAUUGAAUUAAUCUCGAUGAAAUUGACAGAACUGAUUGACGAAAUUACUAAAUUGUUUAAGAAUAGUGAUUUUACUGAUAAGGCAAAAAUAGCUAUCAAUGAGGUUUUCAGUGCAAUCAAACAAGCUGAGAUCAAAGUACCAAUGUUUACUGUACCACUUACUGAUCUCGUCAUCCCUACAUUCUCUUUGAAUCUGAACAAAUUAGAUGAAAUUAGCAUACCUUCAGAGAUUACAAUCCCAGAGAUUACUAUUUUGAACACGUACACUAUCCCAUCCUACACAAUUGAUUUUGAAAUGAUAAAAGUCAAAAUUGUCUCAUUUAUAGAUGAACUUAAAAUGUUUGAAAUCCAAUGGCCCAAUCCACAUGAAAUCUUCGGAGAUAUAAAAGUUUUGUACCUUUUUGAUUUACCAGAUUUCACAUUCCCAGAGAUAACUUUAUCUGAAGUCAAAGUACCAACUAUAACCAUCCCGAAAAUAAACUUGGAAGCUUUUGAAAUUACAAUGCUGCCUAUUCCAGCAAUUGAAAUUCCACAAAUUCCUAGCGAUAUUUGUAUACCUGUGUUUGGCAAAUUUUAUGGAGAAUUUAGAGUCAAUUCACCACAAUACACUCUCAUAACAACAGGCAACAUUGAAAAUGCAACAUCCACUUUGAAAAAUCCCGUUUUUACCGCCUCACUCAACUCGAAAGCAACAUCAAUAUUUAAACCACUUGAAUACAAUCUUCAAGUUGAUGCUAAGUUGGAAGCUCCCAGAAUGAAAAAAAUGAUAUUUGCACAAAUGGUGAAAGCUGCACAUAUGGCUUUUUCAUUUGAUCAUGAAGGAACACUUACCCUGACAAGCUCAUCUGCUGAAGCCAACGCAAGAACCAAUGCUAAAGCUACAACUCCUGUUUACACUGCUGAUUUGAUGAACAAUAUCGCUCUUUUUCUUAAAGGUGGCAUUUACGCAACCUGUGACACUAUGUACAGUCACAACUUGGCUCUCCCAUCUCUCGAGUUUUCAAGUCAAGCUAACGUCAAACACACAGGCGCCACCACUUUGGAAUCCGGGAAAGUGUCUGUUACUGCGGAAACGAAUGCCAAUUGCAAAUGGUCCAUUGACGAUUACUCCGAUGAAGGCACUCACAAAAAUAAACUGGAUUUUAACAUCGACCUUAACAUGGCUAAGUUAACGUUUGAUGGAGAAACUGAUGCUAACUCUUUCAAAUCAAAGGAAUCGUUAACAGUUGAAUCUGUUGCACUAAGCCUUGUUACCAUAGCAGCUCGAAAUGAAAUGGAUAUCCCAUCUUUGAAGAAAAGUGCAACCAUUUUGGAUGCUGAAGCUAAUAUGAGCGAAUUAAAACUAGCCAUCACAGCUACUCAUGACUGCGAGUAUACUGGAAGUGUUCAAGGUACUGAAGUAAGUACCCUAGAUUUCAAAAUACAUCCAUUUGAACUAAUUCUUGAUGCUAAAAAUAAGGCUAACCUAAAGAUUUUCCUUCCUUUAAAACUUACUGGUAAAGUGGACUUCCAGAAUAACUACUGCCUCAUAUUGAGCUCAGAGAAACAGAAAGCAUGUUGGCUAGCUUUGGCUAGAUUUAACCAAUACAAGUACAACCACAACUGUGUAAUGGAAAAUAACAACAAGGAGAUUUACUUACAUAAAAUGUUAAACGCAGAAGCGAAUCUGGAGUUUUUGACGGUACCGCUCUCAAUCCCAGAAAUGACAAUUCCUUAUAUGGAAACGAACAUCCCAGCUAUUACAGACUUCUCUUUAUGGGACCAUGCUGGGCUCAAAUAUUUGCUCCACACUCCUCAACAAUCAUUUGACUUCAACUUGAAACUUCAUUACUUUAAAAAUCCUGAACCAUAUAUAUUGCAAUUGAAUCUCGAGCCAUUUAACAACGCAAUUAGAGAUAAUGCUAACGUAAUUCAAGAACAAUUUGAAAUGCUGAGAGACAAAAUAGUUGGUCUAUUGAAAGAAUCACACAGCCAGGCCAAGAAACGCUAUAUCAAGCACAAAAAGGACACUUCGAGUAUACCUCCAAGAAUAAUUACCAUCCCUGGAUACAAAAUACCAUUUCUAAAUAUCGAAAUUUCAACAUUCUCAGCUGAGUUGCCUGCGUUCAGCUAUGUAGUGCCCAAGGAAGUUAGCACACCUAGCUUCAAGGUCCCAGCGCUAGGCUUCUCCAUACCAUCUUACACACUUGUCCUGCCAUCUUUGGAGCUGCCAAUCAUUCACCUCCCAGAAACUUUAAGCAAAAUACAGAUGCCAACUUUCACAUUCCCUGAUCUCCCAAACAAUAUUGAAAUUCCAACUUUAGGUAACUUUACUUUUGACUAUUCAUUCAAGUCUGCAGUGAUUGCUGUAAACGCUAAUGGUGAUAUUGUAAACCAGCAAGACAUUCAGGCUAGGUUCACUGCCAACUCUGUAUCUGUUUUUGAAAUUUUGAACAGCAAAAUGGACGGAACGACAAGUUUGACCAGAAAAAGAGGUAUUAAACUAGCCACUACGAUCACCUUGGAACACCAAAACGUUCAAGCUAACCACGAAUGCGCAAUUAGCCUCAGCAAGAUUAGCAUUACUUCCUCUAUUGCCAAUAGUGUCAAAAUUAGCAUGCCAUACCUUAAUUUGGACUUUGAUCAUACUAUUGAAGGAAAUACACAAACCACACCAACUGUUAGCACUAAGAAACUCAAAUAUAUGUUCAAUGUUCCUGUGAUCAAUUCGGCAGGUAAAGGCACUUUUGACAUGCAAUCCGAACUUGAAACCCUUCACUCCCAUAUCUCGAUGGACACCUCUAUACAAAGCAAGUCUGACAGUACUAUAAUGGAUGAAUGGAAUAUUGCGCAUGAUUUAAAUAACAAAGCAGUUUUCUACCUCAAUGUUAACGGCCUUAGAACAACUGUUACAACUUCUGUUAACUGUGACAUUGAAAAACAGGAAAAGCUAAAAAGAAGCACCGAUGAUAAUGUCAUUCAUGUUGAUGCUGUUGAAAAUUUUGCUCUUGAAAUCACCUUGAGACGAAUGUUUGUAACUAUGGAGUUUACCUGCAAUAAUAAUGCCAAUUUUGAGUUUUUCAACACCAAUGGUAAUCAUGUGGUUACAGCUGAAUUAGAUUUGGUUCCUUUAAAAUCACUUAAAACAAAACUGGACACUGAAUUAAAACAGCCAAGCAGUUUGGGUCAUUUGGGAUUUAUUCGUAAGAUUAACCUUGAAAUCACAUCUGAAAAACAGUCUGUUUCUUGCAUUGCAAAAGAACAGAUAGCUUCAUUCAUUCAUGCCUGCAAUUUUUUUAUGGCUAAUGAAGUAAGCGAAGCUCGUAUGGACUUUAGUGAAUCAAUGGAAGGGCAUCUGGCUUUUUUGAAAUCUAUACGGAUCCCAGUUUAUCAGAAAAACUUGUGGGACGUGCUAAAGUUUGACCAGGUAACCAAGAUGGACGACUUACAAAUGCUCAACAUCUCAUCUAGCGUUGUCUAUACAAAGUCUAUGGAUGGCCAAGAAUAUGGUUUAAUUUAUAGGCUUCUUGAGGAAGGAGUUAUGUUCAGAAUUCCUGGGUUUACCAUUCCUGUGCCCUAUUUUAUCACAGAAAUCCCAGCGGCUAUAAGAAAAAUAGACAUGCGAUUUGAAGAAAAUUCCGCAAUAUGUAACGGUCCUCCUGUUUUGUCAAUACCUGAGUUUGACGUCCCAUUCACCAACAUACACAUUGAGCCAUUCAUUUAUGAUCUAAAGGAAUUAGAAUUACCCAAAGUUAUCAGAACCAAGGCAUUUGACAUCAUGAUUCCUGGACUGCCGAUAAUAUCCGUGCCUAGUUUUGAUAUCAACAUGGACUAUGUCCAAGAAAAAAUGUCAUUCCUUUCAAUCAAAAUUCCACAAUAUAAUAUCCAGGUUUUGUCUUUCACAGUACCAAAAUCAAUCAGUAUUGGAGACCUCACUAUCGAUCUAGAUGAAAUCAGAAACUACAUUUCCAACUUUGAACUUCCAACUAUUGUAAUCCCAGAACAGACUAUUGAAAUUCCAGAAAUGGACUUGUAUCUGCCCUCGAGUGUCUUCAUCCCUGGAUUUGGAGCUCUCAGUGCGACUGUUAAAGUUGCUGCUCCCAUUUAUAAUGUAUCAACCAUCGCUGAUGUGGAAAAGAGGGGAUCCAACAUGAUAACUAGUCUCAACUCUAUCUGUACAUCCACCAUGGUCUUUUUGGAGUAUGACCUCAGUGCUUCUGCAACUCUUGGAUUUAAUGACAAAACUUCGAGCCUCAAGGGGAAUAUUGACUUUGUUCACAGUGACAUUAAUGUGAAAUGGCAACAUAAUUUUCUCAGAACCUCAAGAAUAAAACGGCAAGCCUCUACAUCUGAUCCUUAUGAAUAUUUCCACACUCUUACGGUUGACAUCACCAGUCCGUUAUUUGCUGAUGUGGGUUAUCGAAUGGCCGCUCGUAAAGACGGCAUCACUGCAUCUGUCUCAUCUCCUACAACUGGUUUCCUCGGACUCCAGCUGCAGAGGAGGUCCCCAUCCCAACUGUUUGGAAAACUCUUCAUCCGAUACCUGGCAACUCCAGAGAAAGACACAGAUAUCCUCACAUUCAAAGCCACUCUGCGGAACUCGGAAAAGCUCUUCCUGCAGUCCUCUUUUAACCUGGACACUCUACACAAUGUGAUGGAAGCAACCAAAGACCGAAUCCCUGCUAUAAACGAGGCUAUUCUUAAAGUUAUCAACAAGUACCACACGGCACACUUUAGUUUUGAUCUGAACCGUGGGGGGAUGAAACUUAAAAACACUUUGUCCAAUGCAGUGGAGCGAGCAUAUUAUGAAUUCCCAGUGUCUUUCGAUGGACUGCAGAAUUCCAUAGACCAGAUAAGUGACAAAGGGACUGACAUAUACAGAAAAGCAUCGGAUGACCUUAUGUCUUUCAACUUGCAAGAUUUUGUGGAGAAGUUGGAAAAAGAGCUUUUCGGUAUUGAAAAAUUCUUAUUUGCACAGAUACCAGAAUUAGAGUCUAACCUUCAUAUAUACUUAAGGGAUUUAAAGUUCACAAUUCCAGGUUACGAGGAGCAAAUUUCCGGUUUGGAUAUUUCUGAUAAAAUCCGCACAGUUACCGAUCAUAUCACAGAAAGAGCAGCUAAACGUUUUUUAAGUCUUAUAGGAAUGAUCACGAGCCAUAUUAAAGAAAUUGAGUUCACGAUACCAGGGACAGAUGUUUUCGUAAGUGGGGAACAGAUUUUGAAACGCUUAGAUGACUAUCAAAGACAACUGAAACUGGAGCUAUGGAAUGCGUUUACAGAUUGGUCCAAAAAGUUGAUUGAGUUUUUCAAACUGAUUGUUGAGAAGGGACAGGAUUUUAUUAAUUAUCUUAGUAAUGAAAAUAAGAAAAUUGCAUCUAAAAUUGAAGAUGUAUUUGUGGAGGUGAAACAGUUGUCAAAAGGGCAAAGUAGAAAAGCGGGUGGUGUGAUAGCAGAACACAAGGACUCGACUAAAGAAGUUAUACACAAUGUUUACAUCUCAUUUGACAUGGACAAUAUAAACAUAGAGGCCAAAGAUUUUGUUGGAUUUUUACAGUUAAAACUUCACAGUGGACUCAGAAAAAGCAUAGAUUUCAUGUCAAAAGCCUCAGAGAGCACAGCACCUUAUUUUAAAAUGACAAGUAAAAGAGUAGAAAUUGAAAUUCCAUUACCGUUUCUAUGGAAGUCGUUUAGUGAAUGGCCAACAAUACCAAUAGAGUGGUUUGACACUGAUACUUCUGUGUAA